AUGCCACCUUACAAAUUUACCUUCGAGCGAGAUCCUCCGCUGUACAUGUGUGGCGAAAAAGUAGUGGGUACCGCAGAGCUGACCUUACUGAAAGAAAGAUCAUUUGAAGACAUACGCAUUGGCUUUCGAGGCAUGGCCACCGUGAGAUGGGUAGACACAUUGACACGCUUUCCGAAACUUUAUUCCGCCGAAGAGACUUAUAUGGAAAUUGAGACGGUCGUUUUUCAAGGCGGUCAAUUGCUGCCUAGCACAUACAAAUACGAGUUUGACUUUCGUGUACCGGACGUAUGCCCGACCACAUGUACCACGGAUAUUGGAAAAAUUUAUUACGAAUUGUCAUUACUUUUGGUGUACGAAGAUAAGGAAAUGCGCAAGUUCACUAGCGAAGUGAUGGUGCUGCAGACUUACAACAUAGAAAAACUGCCCAACGCAUUGCUGCCGGUUAUACGUAGUGAUGAAAUUUUCUUCUGCUGCUGGCCUUGCGCUGCCGGUCCAAUCGACGUUCACUUGAAAUCGGCGCGCGCUGCCUACAUACCAGGCAAUACCAUCGAGUUCACCAUUGAAAUGACUAAUAAGUCGAAGAGAUGCAAGUUUCGUACACACGUUACCAUAUACCUUAUGCAAGUCUAUAAAUUUACUACAUAUUUACCACGACGCCGCCAACGCUACAUCUCAUAUGACUUGAAAAGCGUGAAAAAGGGUAUAAUUGUGCGGUCGGGCGAUAUGGUUGUAGUUGAUGAUCAGUUCGAUGUGCCACCCCUACCGCCAUCCACACAAGGUACACACAUAAUAUCCAUUAAAUAUGAGUUACGCCUGGAAAUGCGCAUCAGUGCGGUGUCACAAGCCGUAUCGGAUUUGGUGGUGCCCAUCAUUAUAGGCACAGCUGUAGAACAAUCUGUGAGCUUUCAUGUACUUUCUAUUAGCUAUUUCGCUAGAAAAUCGCCGGAGUAA